UAAUAUUUUCAGUAAAUUGCAAAUUACAACACUAUUUAGCUUCGUAGAAAAUAUAUAUAGUAUUUAAUAAUUCAUAUUAAAAUGAAUAAAGAAGAAGUUAUUGCUUUCACGGAUUUAGAAGCUGAUAUACAGUCUCUUAUAAAAGAAAGUGUAGCAGUCCAUAUGUACUCUUAUUCACCAUAUAGUAAAUUUAAAGUUGGAGCUGCAAUUCUUUGUGAUGAUGGGGCUAUUUUCACAGGAUGUAAUGUAGAAAAUGCAUCUUAUCCUGUAUCAAUAUGUGCUGAAAGAACAGCUAUUGUUAAAGCAGUAUCAGAAGGAAAAAGAAAGUUUAAAGCUUUAUCAGUAGUAGCUGAUGGAAAGGACAAUACUUUUAUCACGCCAUGUGGUUUAUGUAGACAAACUAUUGGAGAGUUUGGUGAUAUACCAAUUUAUUUAGCAGGAUCUGAUAUGAAAAAUGUAUUAAAAACUACAUUGAGCAACUUAUUGCCUCGUGCCUUUACUUUUGAAGAUGUAGAAAUAUUGCAAUAA